CAAAACUGAGUGUCCCUGUGAACACAUCACCAUGGGCUUCAAUAUUCUGAGAGUGAGAGCCACUUCCACACCUCUUUGUUCCUCCAAAACCAAAACCAAAACCAAACCCAUUUUCUCGACUCUCCUUCAACCCUUUCCUUAUCAUCCCACCUCACUCUUCAGCUUUUUUCCGUCGAAGCCCAUUACUCCUCCCACUCUCAUCAUUUCUGCACCUCCCUUUAGCGGUUCAUCCAUUCACCAGGCGAAGCGUGGUUUUCGUGGUGGGAUUGUCGCCAUGGCUGCACCUGGGUCGCUCCACAAAUCUGAAGAAGAAUGGCGUGCAGUUCUCUCGCCUGAACAGUUUCGGAUUCUUAGACAAAAGGGCACCGAGUUCCCUGGAACAGGAGAAUAUGACAAAUUCUUUGGUGAGGGAUUUUACAACUGUGCAGGAUGUGGGACUCCUCUCUACAGGUCCACAACAAAAUUCAAUUCUGGUUGUGGUUGGCCAGCCUUCUUUGAGGGUAUUCCUGGAGCCAUAAAUCGCAAUCCGGACCCUGAUGGGAUGAGGAUUGAAAUAACAUGUGCUGCUUGUGGGGGACAUCUAGGUCACGUCUUUAAAGGCGAAGGAUUUCCAACACCUACUGACGAACGCCAUUGUGUCAAUAGCAUUUCACUGAAAUUUGUGCCAGCCAAUUCCAACUAAAGCCUACUGUAUGGAUAUCGCUACUUAGCAUCCCUUAAUAAUUAUGUAAUGUACUUACGUUAUGACUGAGGUUCAUAGAGUGAUGGCUAAAUAUUAGUGUUACUCAAAUAAAGACUGAUCUUGAACGAUCUUUACCUUUAUUCCUCUGUUCCCCUCCUAAUAUGUUCAAUGUGCUUGUAUCUUUCUUGGGUCUUUGUUUGAUAUGGGAGAGUUUUGAGGCUAUUAGGAUAUAAAUAUGUAAAUAAUGAUUAAUACAUUGAGAAUUUGGAGUUGUUAUCCGAUGAUGACACACUAUGCGUUAUUUGUAUUAUAUAAUAUUCAAGCUAUCUUUC